UUAAAUCAUUGUGUUAAGGCAUAUCAGUAGACAAAGCAUUAGCAAUUGUCGAAUGUUAUCCUACACCACUCAUAUUAAUUAACGCGCUGCAUAAAUCUAAUUGUGGACAAACAUUAAUAGCAAAUAUACAAUAUGGACAACAAAAACGACAAAUUGGACCAGCUAUUAGCAAAACUGUUUAUUUAUGUUAUACACAACAAGAAUUGAAAUAAUUAAAUUGCAGAAGAACUUUAUUAUUCUUAUUGAGAAAGGAAAAAUAAUGCAAUUUUUAAGAAAAAUACACAAUCAUAUUUAUCAUAUAUAUGUGUUAAAUCAUUAUAUUGUAUGGUAAUAAUGAUGUGAUACAAUCAACGAACAUAAAAAAACAUUAGAGAUCAGAAGAAUAAAGUUGCUAUAAUAUGUGGUGGUGGUAGUGGUCAUGAACCGUUUGUUGCUGGUUUUGUUGGUACUGGUAUGCUGACAGCUGCCAUAGCUGGUUCUAUAUUUGCAUCACCACCUUCUAAACAUAUAACACAUGCUAUUAAUUGUGUUGCACAGAAUAAUACAGCGGGUAUAUUAGUAAUAGUUCCAAAUUAUACUGGAGAUUGUCUUAACUUUGGAAUAGCGCUUGAAAAAGCAAAACAAGCGGGUAUUAAUAUUGCAGAGAUAAUAGUUGGCGAAGAUUGUAGUAUUCCUAAGAAAGAACAAAGUUCUAUUGGUAAACGAGGCUUAACUGGGAUGUUAUUGGUUAUUAAAAUUGCUGGUGCACUUGCUGAAAGAGGAAAAACUCUUUCAGAAGUAUUAAAAUAUGCAGAAUAUACUGUGGAAAAUAUGGCUACUUAUGCAGUUGGAUUAUCAGCAUGUUCUAUACCUGGUCAAGGAUAUAUGUUCGAACUUGCAUCAGAUGAAAUAGAAGCUGGUAUGGGUAUUCACGGAGAAGCUGGUUACGAACGAAUGAAAAUAAAAAGUGCAUCUGAAAUCGUUACACUGAUGUUGCAACGUAUUUGUGAAGAAUUAAAAUUGAUUAGCGGCGAUAAUGUUGCGGUAGUAGUAAAUAAUUUUGGAGCAUUAAGUCAAUUAGAACAAGGCAUUGUCACAUAUGAAAUUAUAAAACAACUUAAUAAUAAGAGAAUACAACCACUUCGAGUUUAUUCCGGAAUUUUAGUAACAUCGUUAAAUAGUGCUGGAAUACAUAUUACGUUAUUAAAACUUCCUAAAUGUCAUGAAAAUGUAUUUCUAAGCUGUCUGGAUGAUACGACAAAUGCUCCAGGAUGGCCAGGUUGUUUUUAUAGUAUUCCUUUAGCUAUAACACAACCACCGUUUAAAGAAGUAGAGAAAAAGAAACUAGACAAAAUUGGCAUUCAGGUAGAUAAUCAAUAUGGACAUUUAAUAAAAUUAUGUCUGCAAAAUGCAUGUAAAAGCAUUAUUGAAAAAGAAAUAUACCUUAAUGAAUUGGACCGUGGUUGUGGGGAUGGAGAUUGUGGGACAACACUUAAAAGAUUUACCAUGAGCAUUCAAGAACAUCUGAAUAAACUGUCUUUCACUUAUCCUUCUUUAUUAUUAGCCCAAAUAGCUGAUAUUGCAGAAGAAAGCAUGGGAGGAUCAUCUGGUGCAUUAUAUUGUUUAUUUUUUACAACUGGUGCAAAAGAAUUAUUAUCCCUUAAAGAAAAUGAAGAUAUUACCUCUGCAUGGUCUCGUACAUUUUGUAGUGCACUAGAUAGUAUUAUAAAAUAUGGAAAAGCAAAACCUGGCGACAGAACAAUGUUGGAUGCAUUAGAUCCUGCAUGUAGAACAUUUAAACAAUUAGUAACAGCAUCUUUAGGAGAUAUUAUUCAAAAUGUAACUAUUGCAACAUGGCAAGGAUGUGAAGCAACAAAAGGCAUAAAAGCUAGAGCAGGACGGGCCUCUUACGUAAAGCAAGAACAUUAUAUGCAACAGAUAGAUGCAGGAGCAUAUGCUGCUGCUACUUGGAUAACAGCUGUAGCAGAGACAAUUAAAAAUUUUUGUAAAUAAUGUAUUAAUACAUUACUUAUUUUAUGAUGCUUCUGUAAAAGGUAUUAUCUUUUAUAGUUCUAUAAAAAUAUAUCGCAUUCACGGAGAAAAUGAUCAAGUAUUUUUAUCGAUUCAAAUCCUGCAUGAUGAAACAGCUGAUUUUAUCCUCUCCAUGUCGUCAAACAGUAGCAGAUAAUCAACAAAACAAGCUCACGUACAUAAAUUCACUUCUUUUACAAAAA